CUCUCAAUGCUGUGUUUGCUAUGCGAAUGUAAUUCAAAGGCAGUUACGUAUAUAGUUCACAUGGACAAGUCUUACAUGCCCAAAGUUUUCACCUCCCAACGCCAUUGGUAUUCAUCCACCGUUACUUCUCUGGAUUCUGCCACUCAAAACGUUAACCGUAGCAUUUUGUACUCUUAUGAAAACGCACUUCACGGUUUCAGUGUUGCCUUAUCACCAAAGCAGUUAGAGAGUCUCAAAGAAACACCAGGUUUCAUCUCAGCAUACAGAGACAGAGCAGCCAUUCUUGACACCACCGCUUCCUACGCCUUCCUCUCUCUCAACGUCUCUCACGGCCUCUGGCCAGCUUCCAACUACGGCCAAAACGUCGUCGUUGGCGUCGUCGAUUCCGGAAUCUGGCCCGAGAGCGACAGCUUCAAAGACGAUGGCAUGGCAACUCAAACUCCUCCAAAAUGGAAGGGAAAGUGCGAGGGUGGUCAACGCUUUGACCCCUCCCUCUGUAACUCCAAACUCGUAGGCGCAAGGUACUUCAACAAAGGCCUUCUCGCAGCGCAGGACGGUGAUGACGACACUAAAAUUGGCUCCAACUCCGUUAGAGAUAGCGUUGGACACGGGACCCACACCGCGUCCACGGUGGCGGGAAACUACGUGAGGGGCGCGUCGUAUUUCGGUUACGCCAAGGGCACCGCAAGAGGAAUUGCGCCACGUGCUAAAAUUGCGAUAUACAAGGUUGCGUGGGCCCAAGGCGUGUUUGCCUCGGACAUGCUCGCCGGUUUGGACCAGGCAAUCGCUGACGGAGUGGACGUUAUUUCCAUUUCAAUGGGUUUGGACAUGGUGCCCUUGUACGAGGAUCCCGUCGCAAUCGCCGCUUUCUCUGCUUUGGAGAAAGGCGUGGUGGUUUCAGCUUCUGCAGGAAACGCAGGUCCGUCAGUGGGGUCCAUACAUAACGGGAUUCCGUGGGUUUUAACGGUUGGAGCGAGCAACACAGAGCGCUCUUUUGGCGGCACGUUAAUUCUGGGAAACGGGAAGAGAUAUUCCGGGUGGACUCUGUUCCCAGCAAGUGCCACGGUCAAUAACCUUCCUCUGGUUUACCAUAAAAACGCUUCCGCAUGUGACUCUUCUACACUGUUGUCACAAGUGGCGCGUGGCAGCGUCGUCAUAUGCGAUUCUGUUAUGGAUGUUAACCAGCAGAUUCAGCAAGUGUCACUCUCUGCAGUGUAUGGAGCUGUGUUUAUAUCCAGUGAUUCCACUCUCUUUGAAACGGGAAAAAUGACGUUUCCGGGCCUUGUUAUUAGCCCUCACCAUGGUAAAAAUGUGAUCGAAUACGCACGCGCCACUCGAUCGGCUUCCGCCACCAUAAAGUUUCAAGAAACGUUCGUCGGAACCAAACGGGCUCCCACGGUGGCCAGUUACAGUUCCAGAGGCCCGUCUUGGGAGUGUCCGUGGGUAUUGAAGCCUGACGUUAUGGCUCCGGGGUCGUCGAUUUUGGCGGCUUGGGUUCCGGAUUUGCCUGCGGCCCAAAUUGGCCCAAACGUGGUGUUAAAUAAUGAAUACAAUUUGAUGUCUGGGACGUCGAUGGCUUGUCCUCAUGCUUCCGGGGUGGUGGCUCUGUUGCGGAAUGCACACCCCGAGUGGAGUGCUUCGGCUGUUAGGUCCGCGUUGAUAACUACGGCCAGCCCACUGGAUAACUCUGGAAAGCCCAUCGAAGAAAAUGGAGAGCUCUCUCCACGGGCUUCUCCUCUCGCAAUGGGCGCUGGCCUGAUUGACCCCAACCGUGCCCUUGACCCAGGUUUGGUUUAUGACGCCACCCCUCAAGACUAUGUUAACCUCCUCUGUGCCAUGAAUUUCACUCAGGCUCAAAUCUUGACCAUUACCAGAUCAAAGGCCUACAAUUGCUCCAGCCCAUCUUACGACGUCAAUUAUCCCUCUUUCGUGGCAUUUUCUGUUGACCUGAGUGUGACAGUGAAGAGAAAAUUCCGGAGAAUUGUGACGUACGUUGGAGAUGGUCCGGCUGCUUACACGGCACGUGUGAGCUCGUCUAAUGGCACGCAAAUCUCAGUUUCUCCCAAUAGGUUGGUCUUCAAGGCAAAAUAUGAGAAACGGAAAUUCAGUUUGACGUUGAAGUCUGAAAUGAAGAAGGAAAAUGCAAUGGCUUUUGGUUCAUUAGAAUGGGUCGAAGAAACAGGAAGGCACGUUGUUCGGAGUCCCCUUGUGGUUGUACCCACCAACUUUGUCUUUAACCCCUAAACUGGGAUUUAACCUCACCUUCUAUUUCACUUAUCAAUAUCCUUUUUUUCCUACUUAUCUUAAUCUACUCUUCUCUUCAAUCUUUACGUUCUAAUAAUAUCAACAUAUCAUUGAUUAUCUUUUUUA